AUGCAGCAGAGCGUCCUGCCGUCGGCUGUGGAGGACGUUGCGGCAAGGGCCCACCAUGGCGAUGGGCAUGACUGCAGCGCGCGAUGCAAGAAGAGCCGCACGCAAGCUCGGUACCAUCGCUGCCGAGACGAGAGUCGCACGACCGAGAUGCUCGUAGAGAAGCACAUGCGUCCAUUGCUGCACGCGCGCUCGCCGAUGACAUCGCUCUCGCGUGCCCAACGUGCCGGCAAGGCCGUCGAUAACAUUGGCCAGGGCUCCACCUUUGCGCCGACGCGGUCGUUGGCCAUGCUCACCGACACGUCGCGGAAGCACCUCAUCAGGGCACGGCAAUAG